GCUCCAGGUCCCACCCAGGCCCUGCUGCCCCGGCUCCCCACCAUGGCCGAGACCGCCAAGCUCCAGCUGUUUGUCAAGGCGAGCGAGGACGGCGAGAGCGUGGGCCACUGUCCUUCGUGUCAGAGGCUCUUCAUGAUCCUACUCCUCAAGGGCGUGCCCUUCACCCUCACCACCGUGGACACCCGCAGGUGCCCAGAUGUGCUGAAGGACUUUGCCCCGGGCUCACAGCUGCCCAUCCUGCUCUACGACGGUGAAGCCAAAACGGACACACUGCAGAUCGAGGAGUUUCUGGAGGAGACGCUGGGCCCCCCAGAAUUCCCCAGCCUGGCCCCCAGAUACCGAGAGUCCACGGCCGCGGGCAACGAUGUCUUCCACAAAUUCUCUGCCUUCAUCAAGAACCCGCUGCCCGCGCAGGACGACGCCCUAUACCAGCAGCUGCUGCGCGCCCUCGCCAAGCUGGACGGCUACCUGCGCGCGCCCCUGGAGCACGAGCUGGCGCGGGAGCCGCAGCUGCGCGAGUCCCGCCGCCGCUUUCUGGACGGCGACCAGCUCACGCUGGCGGACUGCGGCCUGCUGCCCAAGCUGCACGUCGUGAACACGGUGUGCUCGCACUUCCGCCAGGCGCCCAUCCCCGCGGAGCUGCGUGGCGUCUGCCGCUACCUGGACAGCGCCCUGCAGGAGAAAGAGUUCAAGUACACGUGUCCGCACAGCGCCGAGAUCCUGGCGGCCUACCGGCCCGCCGUGCGCCCCCGCUAGCGCCCGCCUCCGCCGCCACGGCGCCCACUCCCCCGCAGCCCCAUACAGGCAUCGCCUAAAUGUGUGUGUAGGGACGUCCCGGCCCCCAGGCCCGCAAUGUCUGCCACCCCCAACUGCCACUGUGAGCCGCGCCGCCUCACACCACAGCCCAGGACAGGCAGAGCGCCCGGUCUGCGGUCCGCCUGCCCAGAGAGCGGGCGCGGUCAGGGAUGGCGUCAGGGAUGCAGGGACUGGAUUGGGCUCCCAAACCAGUCAGGCCAGGGCGGGGCGGCAGGACGGCCGAGGAGGGUGGGAGCUGGGCCCCGGCUGGGCAAGGGCGGGCCUCCAUUCCUCAGUUCUGCCCCAGGUGGCAGGCAGGCAGGCAGGCCACCCCCAUCUCCCACAGGACCUUCUGAGUUCAUCUGCGUGGGGCCUGCAUCAGCGAGGCAGGGCUCCAGCCUCUCGGCGGCCCCGCCCCGCCCGGCACA